AACACAGAUGAAACACAGAACACGGCAGCCUCAAGGGUAUUUUGUUCGUAAAUAAAUGGUCAUGGACUCAUUUGUAGACAGAUUUGAUAUUCCGUAUUACAGGAUGUUUGUUUAUCUUUAAAGUUUGAAGGAAUAAAGUAUCGCAAAUUAUUGCCUAAAUUCCGCUGAUUAGAGGUACAUUUUCUCCUGCACCACCUAACUGAAUUAACUUACUUUUAUUGGAUUUGGACUCUUGGGUAUUUGGAAGUUGUUUAUUUUAUUCAGUUCUGCGAACACUGCGAUCUUGAUAUUUAAGCAAAACUGCGUUACUGCGAAACUCGCCUGAUGAAAGCUGAUUCCCUAUCUGGUGUGAAAGCGAAUAAUGUCAUUGCCAGAGUGGGAAGAAGAAGCGUCCGCACAAAAGACCCUUUUGUCCAUUAAUCGCAACAACCUCAAACGGCGAGCUCCUUUGAGACCGAACCACGUCGGCAGCGCUAUUCCGGAGGUCAAUUCGCAGUCCACCAUUCUCGCGCCAGACAUCAGGGAAGACCGGUGGAAUGUCGCUCUGCUGCUGUUUCUUUACGUAUUGCAAGGCAUACCUUUGGGACUUGGAGGCAGCAUUCCGAUGAUUCUCAGCAGUCGCCAUGUUUCCUAUCACGACCAGGCAUUUUUCAGUUUGGUAUUUUGGCCCUUUAGCCUAAAAUUGAUCUGGGCACCGAUUAUUGAUUCCAUUUAUUCCAAAGCCUUUGGACGGCGGAAAAGCUGGCUGAUCCCGACGCAGUAUCUGAUUGGAAUCUUUAUGUUAAUUUUGUCUCUGUCGGUGGAUUCCUUACUCGGACGCCAACCAGAUGGAAAAAAUAUUAUCGGUGCCACUCCCAGCAUUGUCAUCAUUACCGUCAUAUUUUUUACUCUGAAUUUUCUGGCAUCCGUUCAGGAUAUCGCCGUGGAUGGCUGGGCUCUGACUAUGCUUGCUAAACGCAAUGUGGGAUACGCUUCUACAUGCAAUUCCGUAGGGCAGACAGCGGGCUACUUUAUUGGGAACGUAAUGUUUCUGGCUUUCGAAUCAGCGGAUUUCUGCAAUAAGUAUAUCCGCGAUGAACCCGAAGCCACAGGCAUGGUGACGCUCCCUGGCUUUUUAUGGUUUUGGGGAUUCGUCUUCAUAAUCAGCACUACGGCUGUGUGGAUUAUGAAAAAGGAAGGCGAUGAUGACCACGAUGCUUCGGAGGGUGUGCUGUCGGCAUACAGAACCUUGCUUAAAAUACUCAGGCUGCCCAGCGUUAUCAGAUUGUGUUUGAUUCUGCUAACCUCCAAGGUUGCAUUCUCGGCUGCCGAAGCUGUGUCCGGUCUGAAACUUAUUGAACUGGGUGUGCAUAAGGAGCAGUUGGCUUUACUUGCUGUGCCGAUGGUUCCUUUACAAAUCAUUCUUCCGGUGUUAAUUAGCAAGUAUACAGCUGGACCGAAACCGAUGAAUAUUUUUCUUAAAAGCUAUCCGUGCAGAUUAUUAAUGGGUUUGGAAUUUGCGCUGGUUGUGUGGAUCACACCCAAGAUGAAACUAGCGGAUGGGUCAUUUCCUGCGCAUUAUUACGGAUUAAUUUUACUGAGCUAUGCAGUUCAUCAGAUUGCUUUAUACGGAAUGUUCGUGUCAGUGAUGGGAUUUUUCGCGCGUAUUAGUGAUCCUAUGAUUGGUGGCACUUAUAUGACUUUGUUGAAUACGGUAUACAAUCUGGGUGGCAAUUGGCCGAAUACGUUAUCGUUGAGCCUUGUGGACGAUCUGACAUGGUCUUCCUGUCAAGGAGGGGGCGCAAGUGGUAUGAGCUGCAACCAGAAAUCGCAAAAAGAUGUUUGUGCAGCUGGAGGCGGCAAUUGUGUGGUGGAUUUAGAUGGAUUUUAUGUGGAAGUGAUGGUUUGUUUUGCUUUCGGAUUAAUAUGGUAUCAGUUUUUCCGGUCACGCAUUCGAACACUUCAGGAACUGCCGGAGCGCUCGUGGCGCUUGCAGGUGGAUGACGAUAAAUAGAAACUCCUGGCUCAGGGCGUCUGUCCAUUCCGCUUUGAUAAUAUUAAAAUGACCGUAAAUGUUUUAUAGAUGGAAAUAUGUUUUUUUUUGGAAGUAUUGCUUUUAGAACUCAAAUCUCAUAAUAUAACCCGUGUCAUUUUUAUACCUCACAAACAGUUGUUUUUUUUUGCAUAACUGGAAGAUGCUCUGUAUCGGUGUUUCGCCUUUCUAAUCAAGAAAAGGUGAACAGUUACAGUUUAUACGUGUUUAUUUUCUGCGGAGUCUUGAUCAGUAUUUAUUAGUAUUUUUUCACUGUGUUUAACUGGUUAUCCAAUCAGGGGGUUAAAUCAAACCAUUUUGAAGCGUAGUGUUCUCAAUCAGUUACUAAUAGAAGUACCGCUUAUUGUUAGCUUAUAUUUCAUGUU